GUGACGCAAUCAGCGCAGGUGAGGUGGCGGCCGCUGCAAUCAGCGCUUGUGGUGAGGCGACCGGUGGUAGUGGGGCCACCGAUGAGGCCUACGCCGUUGCUGCUGUCGGCCGUGCUUGUGGCAUUGAUGCCGAGGGCGGCAGGGUUGCCACGUGUGCCUGCAAAGCUAUCGCCGGCAAAGGUGACUGUCAGGAGAUUGCCGCAAUCAGUGCUUGCGACCUUGAAAUCACCAGGCUACAGCUGUCUUCGAGAGCGGCGAUGGCAAUCUCAGGGUCGGCCACCGCUGCGCGCGAGGCAGGUGCAAUCAGUGCUUGUGAGGCUGCUGACGCCCGAAAUGGUGGCGGUGGCGGCGCAAUCAGUGCUAGUGAGAGUGCCGCGUGUAACAGUGAAGGCACUAACUUUGUCCGCCAUGAGCUCGCUGCCAGGGCCGACGACUGUUGUGAUUUCGACCUCGACGAGUUCGACCAAGAUGCAGUUGUGACGGGCCCGUCCCAGAGCUCGAAAGAAGACCCGCUGAAGGGCAAAGAUCUCACUUGA